ACUUUGUGGUUAAGGCUUAAGCAUAUUUUUCAUACUUGCUUAAAGUUCCUGAUUUCAGAUGUUAGAUAUUAAUCAUUAAUUGCAAGUUUGUGUUGGAAUUAUAGCUAUUGCAGGUGUGCAUUUGUCACACAAAACUGCUGGAAUGCUCUCUACAGUAUUUGACAUUGGAGGAGUCUUCGGAGGAAUUUCAGCUGGAUACAUAUCUGAUAUGAUUGAGGCUCGUGCAGUUACUUCAAUUGUAUUCUUGCUGCUAUCAAUGCCAGCCUUUAUUUUGUACCGGGUUUAUGGGAGCCUGUCUAUGAUAAUGAACGUUGCGUUGAUGCUUCUUUCUGGUUUUCUUGUGAAUGGCCCUUACUUAUUAAUCACUACGGCUGUAGCAGCUGAUCUUGGUACACAGGAUUUGAUCAGAGGAAAUUCCCAUGCCUUGGCUACUGUCACUGCAAUUAUAGAUGGUACUGGUUCUUUUGGAGCAGCUAUUGGCCCACUUUUGGCUGGGUAUAUUUCCACAAGAGGAUGGAACAGUGUUUUUCUAAUGCUUAUUGUUUCAAUUUUCUUUGCAAGUUUAUUACUGAUUCGUGUUGCAAAAGCUGAAAUUUUCUAAUAGCACAUUUGCACA